CUGGCCAAUGCGCUCGGUGCUCUUAUCGAGAGGUACGAUGAAAAUGGCGUGGCAACCGCAAGAGGAAGGACUUCGGCAGAUCCUGGCCUUGCUCAAGGAGUCCCAGAGCCCCGACACCGAGAUCCAACGGGACGUGCAAAAAAAAUUGGAGGAACUCAACAAAUAUCCAGACUUCAACAAGUAUCUAAUUUUUGUCUUGACGAAAUUGACCUCGGAAGAAGAGUCAACGAGAUCCCUCAGUGGUCUUAUACUGAAGAAUAACGUAAGAACUCACUUUGAAACGUUUCAUCCUGAAGUUGUAGACUUCAUAAAGCAAGAAUGCUUGUCUGCACUAGCGGAUCCUUCGCUUCUUAUCCGAGCAACAAUUGGAAUUUUGAUCACAACCAUUACAUCCAAAGGUGAUUUGUCAUCAUGGCCAGAAUUGCUUCCAACCCUGUGUCAAAUGUUAGACUCGCAAGACCACAAUGCUUGCAAAGGAGCGUUUAAUGCCUUGGAAAAAAUUUGCGAGGACUCUGCCGAACAACUUGAAGCAGAUACCGUGAGAAACCCUCUGGAUGUUCUGAUCCCGAAAUUUUUGCAAUUUUUCAGACACGGAUCACCCAAGAUAAGAUCCCAUGCUAUUGGUUGCAUCAAUCAAUUCAUAUCAAAUCGCGCAAAUGCUCUUAUGUGUCACAUGGAUGCGUUCUUAGAGAACCUGUUCUACUUGAUAUCUGAUGACGAUCCUGAAGUUAAAAGACAUGUUUGCAGAGCCUUGGUAAUGUUGUUGGAACUUGGAACGGAUAAAUUACACAUGAACAUGCCCGUCAUAAUUGAGUACAUGCUAAUGAGAACUCAAGACACAGAUGAAACGGUAGCCCUCGAUGCAUGUGAAUUUUGGUUGGCAUUGGCUGAACAGAGAUGCUGCAGAGAUGUUCUUGUAUCACACUUGCCUAGAUUGAUUCCUGUGCUAGUCAAGGGCAUGAAAUACUCUGAACUGGAUAUAAUUAUUUUGAAAGGUGACGUGGAAGAAGAUGAAAUGAUACCAGACAAGGAAGAAGACAUCAGACCACGAUUCCACAAAUCCAAGACUCACUUGCAGCACGGACCCAUGAAUAAACACAUAGACGAAAAUGGCUCUUAUGACGAGGCUGACGAAGAAGAUGGAGGUGACGACGAUUCCUCUCUUAGUGAUUGGAAUUUGAGAAAGUGUUCGGCUGCUGCACUUGACAUACUAGCCAGUGUAUUCAAAGAAGAACUCUUACCUGUACUGCUACCUAUCCUGAAAGAAACUUUGUUCCACCAAGAUUGGGAAAUAAAAGAAUCCGGUAUUUUAUCACUUGGAGCUAUUGCGGAAGGUUGCAUGUCCGGUAUGAUUCCUCAUUUACCAGAGUUGAUUCCCUACUUGAUCAAUUGCUUGAGUGACAAAAAAGCUCUAGUGCGAUCUAUAACGUGUUGGACACUUAGUCGCUACUCCCAUUGGGUUUGUUCCCAACCUCACGAUACUUACUUGAAACCACUGAUGACGGAACUUUUGAAGAGAAUACUUGACGGUAAUAAACGUGUUCAAGAAGCAGCUUGCUCUGCUUUUGCAACGCUGGAAGAAGAGGCUUGCACUGAACUGGUCCCCUAUCUAGGUUUCAUUUUAGAAACACUCGUAUUUGCUUUUAGCAAAUACCAGCAUAAAAAUCUACUUAUUCUAUAUGAUGCCAUUGGCACCUUGGCUGAUUCAGUGGGACGUCACUUGAACAAACCAGAUUACAUAAGCUUGCUCAUGCCUCCUCUCAUUAAUAAGUGGAACGUUCUCAAAGACGAAGAUAAGGAUCUAUUUCCUCUUUUAGAGUGCUUGUCAUCCGUCGCUACUGCCCUUCAGAGUGGAUUUUUACCUUACUGUGAACCCGUUUAUAGGCGUUGUGUAUCAUUAGUAGAGCAAACACUGAAUCGACAUAUGGCUCAUAUACAAAAUCCUGAACAAUUCGAGGCUCCAGACAAAGACUUCAUGAUAGUCGCAUUAGAUCUUCUUAGUGGAUUAGCUGAAGGUUUGAACGGGCAUAUCGAAAAUCUUGUGGUGAAUAGCAAUAUAAUGCAACUACUUUACCUGUGCAUGCAAGACCAGAUGCCUGAAGUUAGACAGAGUAGUUUUGCACUAUUGGGAGACUUAUCGAAAGCAUGCUUUCAACAUGUACUUCCGUGCACACCUGAUUUCAUGCCGAUUCUCGGUCAAAACUUAAAUCCCGACUAUAUCUCAGUUUGCAAUAAUGCCACCUGGGCGAUUGGAGAAAUUUCUAUAAAACUUGGAUCUGACAUGAGCACCGUGAUGUGUACAUCCUUGAGGAAUAUUCGUGAUAACGAAGAAAAAGAUUCGGCCUUCCGAGGUAUGUGUCAAAUGAUAGCUGUUAAUCCAGGUGGAGUGGCUCCAGAAUUUAUAUACUUUUGCGACGCUGUUGCUUCAUGGGCAGCACCACGAGACGAUCUUAGAGACAUUAUACAAAAAAUAUUACACGGUUUUAAGAAUCAAGUAGGAGCUGAAAAUUGGAAGCGUUUCUCGGAUCAGUUUCCGCCACAACUUAGUGAGCGACUUCAAAACUUGUACGGCGUCUGAACAACCCCGCCUACAAUAGAAGGCUGCUUUAAAUGGCAGGCCGAACGGGGUUGGGCGGGGAUCAAAAUAAAGGGCG